AAAAUAGAAAGCUGCUCCACCUCCUACUGCACUAGGAGAAACUGUAGAGAGAAGAAAAAACAUUUAAGGACAAAAUCCCCAAAAUUUUUCCCCCUUUCUCUCUCACGCACUGCGCACGCACUUCACGCACCACAAACAAUCUCUGCUCUCCACCUCACCCCAUCACAGAGACCCCACAAAUUUCUCAAACCCUUCCAUAUAUCUCUCUCCUCUCAGUCUUGUCUGUUGAGCAAUGCCAGCUUCUUCCUCAGAGGCUAGAGCUAGGUGGAAGAAGCGGAAAACAGAUUACGCGGCUGCACGUAAAUCUAAACUGAAAGAACACGAAAACGACAAUGCGUUUGAGGAUAACGAUGAUGACGAGGACCUUGAUUUGGACCCACCACACAACCCAGAAGCCGAAGAUGAUCUCCCGGAUCACAGAGUGGAUCGAGCAUCCCGGCUGAUGAGUGAGAAAGAGGGUGAAAAGUUGGUUGGUGGUGGAUCAAGAAUAUGUGAGUUUCCAGUUGUAAUCCAGAGGCAGGUAAGUAGGCCCCACUCAUCCGUCUUCCAGAUUGUGGAAGCGGAGAGAGCUGCACAGAUUGUAGAUAACAGAGGCCAAGUGCAAAGUGGGGUGGCUUUGUUGGAGAAUAUUUCUCAUGGGCAGCUGCAGGCACUUUCUGCCGUGCCGCGUGAUAGUCCAGCUCUUUUGGGGCCUCCACUGGAAGAAUCGGCAAGUGGUAGUGACAAUGGUUCUUAUGUGAUAAAGCCACCGAGGAUAAUUUCAGGAAGUGGCAUAAUUAAAAGGAUUGGAAGUGCGGGCCGUGUGCAUGUUGUGCCAGUACAUUCAGAUUGGUUUUCACCAAACUCGGUGCAUAGAUUGGAGAGACAAGUGGUGCCACACUUUUUCUUUGGGAAGCGACCAGAGCACACUCCUGAAAAAUAUAUGGAAUGUCGGAAUUUCAUUGUUGCCAAGUAUAUGGAGAACCCUCAAAAGCACCUGUCAGUUGCUGACUGCCAAGGACUAGUGGCUGAUGUUGAUAAUGAAGAUUUAAUUCGUAUCGUAAAGUUUUUGGAUUGUUGGGGGAUUAUCAAUUAUUGCGCAACACCUCUAAAGCAUGAGGUCCAAAAGGAUGGUGCAUAUUUGUACGAGGACUCAAGUAAUGAACUUCAGGUGCCGUUGACUGCUUUGAAAUUUACAGAGAGCUUGAUCAAGUUUGACAAGCCAACGUGUAAGCUGAAAGCAAGUGACGUCUAUCCAGAACUAACAAGUAAGCAGGAUGAGGACCCCGAUAUUGACAGCAUCAUAAGGAAGCAAUUAUCUGAUUUUCGAUGCAGUUGUUGUUUUCGAUCUAUUCCUACUGUUUACUAUCAGUCUCAGAAGGAGGUCGAUGUGGGGCUGUGUCCUGAUUGCUAUCACGAGGGAGGAUUUGUUGCUGGUCAUUCUAGCCUGGAUUUUGCUAAAGAAAACUCCCUGAAAGAUUAUGGGGGCACAGAUGGAGAUAGUUGGAGUGACCAGGAAACGUUACUGCUGCUCGAAGGAAUACAGCUGUACAAUGAAAACUGGAACAAAAUUGCAGAGCAUGUUGGCUCAAAAUCCAAAGCACAGUGCAUAGUUCAUUUCAUCAGUCUUCCUGUAGAUGGUGUUGUGUUGGAAAAUAUCGAUGUUCCAAGCACUUCUGGUUCGUCAAAUUUGUGGAGCCAUGAUGAUCAUGAUAGGACGGAGCCAAAUUCAAAUGGUUACUGCUUGCCAGGGGAUGAUACGAAAAGCAAUUUCCCUUUCUCAGAUUGUGAAAAUCCAGUGAUGUCCCUGGUAGCCUUUCUUGCUUCUGUGCUAGGGCCAAGGGUGGCUGCUGCCUGUGCCCAUGCAUCCUUGGCUUCACUUUCUAAAGAUAUUGACAAAGAAGAAAGUUCUAAUGGAGGAAUCACUAGAUUGAGGACAAAUGGUCCUUUGAGCCAACAUGAUACUGAAGGUGUUCAAUUAUCAACUGAAAAGGUGACAGCUGCAGCAAAAGACGGUCUUGUUGCUGCAGCAUUGAAGGCGAAGCUUUUUGCUGAUCACGAAGAGCGUGAAAUCCAACGAUUAUCUGCUAAUAUCGUAAACCAUCAGUUAAAGAGAUUAGAGCUGAAGCUUAAGCAGUUUGCAGAAAUCGAGACCAUGUUAAUGAAAGAAUGCGAACAGAUGGAAAGGACACGACAGAGGAUUGCUGCUGAGCGGGCCCUCAUGAUGUCAGCCCAGUUUGGAUCCAAUAGUGGAUUAGCCCAACCAACAAGCCUACCUGGCAUUAGCAACCUUAUGGUACAUAACAACACUUCUGGAAAUAGUAGACAAGUUUCAGGUCCUCAACCAUCUUUUCUCUCUGGAUAUGGCAAUAGCCAGCAAAUGCAUCCCCAAAUGUCGAUGAUGUACGGGCUUGGCCCGAGGCUACCCCUUUCGGCUAUACACCCACCACCAUCAACAACCUCUAAUGCCAUGUUUGGUUCUCCUUCGAAUUCUCAGCAGUCGCUUGGUCAUCAUCCAAUGAUCAGGCCAUCGUUAUCUGGGACUAAAUCGGGUUUAGGUUAGUCAAGUAGUGAUUCUAGAUUUGGAUUUUUGGUGCAUUUGAUUUGUUGGGAAAGAGUUGAAAGUGAAGGAAAAAAUGGUGGUUCAGUUUGAGGGGUUUGAAUUCUACAGCUAAUUGCAUGUGACGAUUUACCGGGAUGACUACAAUUGGGGUUAUUAGGAAUGUAUUAUUUCAGCUGUGUACAGAUGAUGAUAGAUGCAGGAUAUCAGAUUCGGUGAAAGUUCGUUUACUUAAUGGAUUAUGGUAUUUCACUUGAUGGGUUUUGGUUAUGAGUCUUUUGACAGAUGCCUUUUAAUUCAUGUGGUAUAUAUUUCUGCAAUUAGCUCAAUCAAAAGACCUCAUUUAUCCUUAUAUUCGUC